AUGGCUUGCCCCAUUGCAACCACAGCACGCUUGAACAACGGUAAGCGCAUUUCCGUCGCCAAAGAAGCACGUCGGCCUCGAGUACUCGCGCCUGCUACGCCCUGGCGUCCGCGCAUCUCACGCAAGAUGUCAGCUGCCACGAUCGAGGAUCGCCCUGAACACCCUAGCCCGCUCGAACGCAAAGCCGGCAGUCACAAAGUCAACCUCAAGCUUGGCGCGACAUCUGAGCCUUGCAUGGUCUCGUCUGCUCCAACUUCGGCUACGCUUGCGGCUGGCGGUGAGAAGAAGGAAUCACCUAAGCCGACGGUGUUGGUAGGAGAUGCAUAUCGACACGCCGAGUCUGCCAUGACAGGGGCACCGAAGCUGGAACAGGGUGAGGACUGGCGAGGCGAUCGCUGGGGUUCGCUGCGCUCCUCGACUUCGAGCAGCAUUGCCCCGGCCUUCGAUCGUGCUGACGCGUUGCGACAUGAACAGCGAGCCUUCAACCCACCUCCAGGGCUGGGACUGGGACUCGGCGAAGCUCCGUACCAUGCUUCAGCACGACGCGCCGAAAGAUGCUGGGCACUCGACACGAACAACGAAACCAAUGUCUACGUCAAUGGUCUUCCCAAAGAUAUGAACGAUCAAAUGCUGUAUCUGCUCGGCUCGGCAUGCGGAGUGGUGAUCAGCCACAAGGCCAUGAUGGACCGACAGUCCGGACUGUGCAAGGGCUUCGGCUUCCUAAUGUAUGCCAGCAGUGAGAUGGCCAAAAAGGCGAUCGAGUGGCUCAACACGCACGGAUUUGCUGCUUCCUUCGCCCAAGAAUCCUUGUCUGCCAGACUGCGUCGCAUGACAGACAACAGCACGACCAACGUUUAUCUCAGCAACCUACCCAUCAAGUUCACAACGCAGCAGCUCGAGCAGCUCUUCAGUCCGUACCCAAUCGCCAGCCUCAAGAUCCUGUAUGACAUUCACGGCGAAAGUCGAGGCGUGGGGUUUGUUCGGCUUUUUGACCGCAUGACGGCCAAGCUGUGCAUCGAGCGGCUUCACGGUCGCAUUCUGCCUGGCACGACCUUGCCUCUGCAGGUUCGUUUUGCGGACAGCGAGGGACAGAAGCAGCUCAAGCACUCGGUAAGCCAGAAGCACACGCUCGAAUCGCUCGGGCUGCUCCACCGCGAAUCGCAAGUGCAAGCACACGGUGCCGAACAGGCUGGAGUGGGCUUGCACCGUGGGCUGGAGCGGAUGAGAACUGCGAGCGAGAUAGACGCCACCGCUGCACAAGCUCGACACAUCGCAGCUACGGCCAGCACUUUCCUUCCUACGAGAUUUCCUCAACCAUAUGUUCCUGUGAUUCCUUCGCUGCCUUUGCACGAUGGACACUCUGCUCUGGCCAACGAGCACUGUGCGCAGAGCAUGACUAGCCUUGGUAUCCAGAUGCCUGGUGCUGCCAUGUGGCCGUUGACGCACGUCGGGCCGCACGCUCACGCUGGAAUGCAUUCACUCGUGUCUACUGCGGCAGGAGUGGUCUACUCGGGCCCAGAAAGACAUUAUGCCCUGAGUCGACCUUACGCAGUCUCCCCGUUGAUCGCGGGAACGUGGGACGGAGGCAAGCCGCAAGACGGCGUCGCAGAUCCAGCAUACCUACCCAUGACCUUCAUCCCGCCUCCUGGCUUGACUUUGGCGGCCGCAGAAGACACGCGUGACGAUCCACCUCGCACCAUUGCUGCAAGCCAUUCACGCUCGCAACACGCGCGCCACCGCGCCACCAAGGCUCCCGUCCGCGUACGCUUCCCCGCCACUGCUGCAAGCAGCGGCACCGGCACCGAAUCAGCCCAGCGAGCAGUGUCCGAUCCAAUGGCGAUGCUGGCUGCACAGGCUAGAGUGCGCCAAGCGUUGGGGAUGCGCGACCGUGUGCGUGCGGCUGUCUCGGCGGAUAACUCGAUUGAUGAAGACGCAGUGCACUCUCAUAUGGCUGCCGAUGCUUCGAUCGUUAGCAGCAACGGUACGAGCGGCCACAAUACGGACAGCGAGGAAGAGGAUGUUGAGGAGGAGGAAGAUAGUCUCAGCGUUGACAUACAGAUUGAUCCUCGCUGA